GGUAGUCUGUUUAAUGUGGACUACAGAAGAAGAUCGUGCAGCGUCUCUGAAGGCUUACACACCACGCUUGAUAUUCACUUAUUACAUUCUUCUGGCAAUCGCAAUAGUACCUCCCAGUUUGCCGCGAGUCCUCAUUCGUUGUACUUCGUUUCCGUGUGUGCUUCCAAUCACGUAAUAUCACGUACUCUAUUCUCGUUUAAUUUCAAAUUACAAACGAAAAAUAAGCAAUAACUUCAAUAAAAUAUCGAUAAAUAAUUAUCAGACUAAAUACUUUUGUUUAUUUUUUUUCUUUUUUUUUUGCGCUCAUGCGGCAGCUGAUGGUUCAGGUACAAGUGAAUUUAAUUCGUGCUCAAUAAGUUCCGCAAGUUGAAUCAGCUGCUGCGUAAUCAAACUUUAUCUGUGAUCACUUAAUUGACGAAAUCUAACAACGAAUAAUUAUCAUCGAAGAUCAUUAUCUCUCAAGUUAAGGACACAGAAGCUAGAAUUUUUAAAAGUCGUCAAGGUGUCAUGAGAGGCGGUUUCACGAUCCGCCCUUCUUAUCUGUCCUACGUAGAGUCAUGCAUGUCGCGCCCUUCAAACGAGCAAACGUGGGAUACGAGCAAGAAACACGAAACGGCGAGACCAUUGAUGCGCUGUCAAAUGAAUCAGGAAGCAUCGGAGAAACGGCGAACACGUCGACGCAAGACAACGCAUCAGGAAACAGGAACCGAUGGCGGCUUCGUAGGGGCAGCUCGACACAAAGCAAAAGCAAUGAACUGGCUUCUUGUAUGGGGGAUGACCAAGACGGGAGUGGAAGGCGCGGAGGGAUGGAGGGGAAGGACCCAGAGACGAACGACCCUCUUCACCUCAAGAGACGGGUGGGACUCGUCAGUGGGGUGGCUUUAAUUGUCGGCACCAUGAUCGGUUCAGGAAUAUUCGUUUCGCCGACGGGUUUGCUAAUCCGCACUGGCAGCGUCGGCAUGAGUUUCCUGGUAUGGACUGCGUGCGGAGUACUCAGUUUGUGCGGAGCACUAGCUUACGCAGAACUCGGUACGAUGAAUACAAGCAGUGGGGCAGAGUAUGCGUAUUUUAUGGACGCCUUUGGAGCACCACCAGCAUUUCUGUUCUCCUGGACAUCGACACUCGUUCUAAAGCCCUCGCAGAUGGCCAUCAUAUGCCUGUCCUUCGCUCAGUACGCCGUCGAAGCGUUUGCCGCAGAGUGCGAACCACCUGAACAUCUCGUUAAAAUCGUCGGCCUUCUUGCGAUCACGGUUAUUUUACUCAUUAAUUGUUACAGCGUUAAUCUAGCGACAGGCGUACAAAAUACUUUUACUGCUGCCAAACUUAUUGCUAUACUUGUCGUAAUAGCUGGCGGAUCGUGGUCUCUUGCCAAAGGUAAUACACAACAUCUCCAAGGUGCAUUUAAAAUGUUGGACGAAAGUGACACUUUGACAAUCGGCAGACUGGCGACUGCAUUUUAUACGGGUCUCUGGGCUUAUGAUGGAUGGAACAAUCUUAAUUAUGUUACUGAAGAGAUUAAAGACCCCUCGAAAAAUCUGCCAAGGUCCAUCAUGAUCGGGAUUCCCCUUGUCACUGUGUGCUACGCUCUUAUAAACCUCUCUUACUUGGCAGUAAUGUCGCCGAUGGAGAUGAUUGAGAGUGAAGCAGUCGCGGUUACCUUCGGGAAUCGGAUUCUCGGGGUGAUGGCCUGGCUGAUGCCCUUCUCAGUUGCUGUGAGUACUUUUGGAUCAGCGAACGGGACACUUUUUGCUGCCGGACGGCUGUGUUUCGCUGCCUCACGACAAGGCCACCUUCUUGACUGUCUUAGUUACGUUCAUGUGCGCCGUUUUACACCUGCACCAGGACUUAUUUUUCACUCUCUAGUGGCAGCCGCAAUGGUGCUAUCUGGCAACAUCGACUCACUGAUUGACUUUUUUUCCUUCACCGCAUGGAUAUUCUACGGAGGUGCGAUGCUCGCGCUAUUAGUUAUGCGCAAGACACGACCUAAUCAUCCCCGUCCUUAUAAAUGUCCGCUUGUUAUACCAAUAUUUGUGCUAGGAAUCUCCAUGUACCUGAUAGUUGGCCCAAUAAUUGAUAAACCUCAGAUCGAGUAUCUAUAUGCCGCGGGAUUUAUCGCCGCCGGCAUGUUGUUCUACCUCCCGUUUGUCAAAUAUGGAUACGUACCCAAAUUUAUGGAAGGGGUCAAUGUUUUUCUUCAGAUGUUAUUGGAGGUGGCACCAACAGCCGCCUCGUAUGAUUGAUUCUCUUAUAUAUUGACAAAUAUACUGAAUCAUAAGAUAAUAUAUUAUAAUAUUUUCGUGCCGAAUCAUUCCACUGUGGCAUUGGAUAUAUAUUAUAUUAUAUAACUAUAUACAUACAUAUAAAAUCAACAAUUAUUUUGUAUUUUUAUUAAUUGGAGAUUAAAGAUUAUUAAGAAAAAAAAAU